UCCCCCUGCAGCUGCACGCUUCCUCGACGUGAGACAGGUUUGUCCCUCAGCGCGAUCCGUCGGUAGUUCUGAGAGCGACGCCUGAGCGACGCUUGCAGCUGAUGUACCGCUGGCAAAAAUGGAGAGCGACACCACUAUCAGGAGAAUAAAAGCCUUCGGGACGCAAAAUAAUGUAUCGCAAGCCAACGACGACCGCCGGGACCAGUGUGGGAACAACGGCUACACCGGUGACCCGAAGAGGAAGCCCGAAGUCAGCCUGUACUUGCUGAGGGAAGGGGUCGCAGCUUGCCUGGUGUUUGUAUUUAUUUUGGUGUUAUGGGGACUCGUGCAUUUGUCGUUACAGCAGCUCGUCAUCGGAAAGUCGACUGGCGAGUUCAACGCGGUGAGGGCCAGACGACACCUAGAGCGUAUAACCAGUGUGGGGCCACGGCCAGUGGGCAGCCAGGAGAAUGAAGUACUGACAGUGGGCUACUUGCUGGAGCAGAUAGAGCACAUCCGUGUUGAGAGUGCAGCCGGCCCCCACAGGCUUACAGUGGAUGUGCAGCGUCCCACUGGCUCCUUCUCCAUUGACUUCCUCGGGGGCUUCACCAGCUUCUAUGACCGGGUCACCAACAUUGCUGUGCGGCUGGAGCCCAAGGCCGGGGCGCAGCAUCUGAUGCUGGCCAACUGUCACUUUGACACAGUGGCCAACAGUCCGGGUGCCAGUGAUGAUGCAGUGAGCUGUGCAGUGAUGCUGGAAGUACUUCAUUCUCUAGCCAACCUCUCUACUCCUCUUCACCAUGGAAUAGUCUUCCUCUUCAACGGGGCAGAGGAAAAUGUCCUGCAGGCCAGUCACGGUUUCAUUACUCAGCAUCCCUGGGCCAAACAGGUGCGAGCCUUUAUUAACUUGGAGGCUGCUGGUGUUGGGGGAAAGGAGGUCGUCUUUCAGACAGGUCCAGAGAACCCAUGGCUUGUCCAGGCCUAUGUCCAUGCAGCCAAACACCCCUUUGCCUCUGUGGUGGGACAGGAGGUCUUUCAGAGUGGCAUCAUCCCUUCUGACACUGACUUCCGCAUCUACAGGGACUUUGGUAACAUCCCAGGCAUUGAUCUGGCUUUCAUUGAAAACGGUUUCAUCUACCACACAAAGUAUGACACCGCCAACAGGAUCCUGACGGACUCUAUACAGAGAGCUGGUGACAACAUCCUGGCAGUGCUGAAGUACUUGGUGAUGUCGGAGAGGCUGGCCGACUCGUCAGAGUAUCGCCAUGGCAACAUGGUAUUUUUUGACCUGUUGGGUGUGGUGGUGGUGGCUUACCCGGCCCGUGUGGGCACCAUCCUCAACUACAUGGUGGCUAUGGCCACUUUCCUCUACUUAGCCAAAAAGGCCUCACUACCUGGCAAUGGAGGUGGGCGUUACGUGCGGCAGUUAGCCUGUGCCACGGGGGUUGCAGUGAUGAGCUGGUUUGUGACCCUCCUGUCGGUGCUGAUUGUGGCGCUGCUGGUGACUCUGCUGGGACGCUCCAUGUUUUGGUACAACCACUUCUACUCCUCCAUCUGCCUGUAUGGAGCUGCUGCCACUGGCAAGAUGAUCCUUGUACACACGCUAGCCAAGAACCUGUACUAUGGGGGUGUCCGACUGGUGGAACUGGGGGAACUCUACUUUGACGUGAGCUUGCUGUUGUGGUGCUGCAGCCUGGUGUGGCUGACCCAGCAGGGCCUGUGUUCAGCCUACGUGCCCAUGCUAAUGGUGGCCUUCCCUCUAGCCACAAAACUGCUGCUGGCCAAAGAAUUCAAACACAGAGGAGCGUCAGUGAAGUACAGCGUCCUCUAUGUAUUUGGCCUGGCAUUGCCAUAUGUCCAUUUCAUGUUCCUCAUCUGGGUGGUGUUUGAAAUUUUCACACCUAUCCUGGGCCGCAGCGGCACCGAAAUACCCCCCGAAGUGGUGCUGGCUUCCCUGGUCACCCUGGCAACUAUCUUCCUGUCCUCUUUCUUUCUCCAUUUCAUCUACUUGGUGAGGAGUACUAAGUGGAUCCUGGCUGGCCUGGGCUCAGUCUUCACCAUCAUGUUCCUCUUGGUGUCUUGUGGCUUCAUGUUCCCUUACUCAGGGAGUCCAGACAGCCCACGGCCAAAGCGAGUCUUUCUGCAGCACACAACGCGGACCUUCCACAACCUCCAGGGCCAAGUGGAGAGCCGCGACUCAGGCCUGUGGAUCAACAGCUUUGACUACACUGGCAUGCAGUACAUCACUCCUCACAUCCCUGAAAUCAACGACACCGUUCGCACCCGCUGCCGUGAGGACCGGCCCUUCUGCGGCUUCCCCUGGUUCCUACCAGUCAAGUUCCUGAGCAAGAAGAACUGGUACCUUCCUGCUCCAGACGUAUCUCCCAGCUCUCCUGUGGAGUUCAGCUUGCUGUCCAAAGAGGAGACCAGCUGGGGAACGGUCAAGAUGACAUUCCAUGUCAAAGGCCCCAGCCACAUGUCCCUGUAUCUGAUGCCUCACCGAGGUGCCAGUCUCUCCACCUGGUCUUUUGGGGACGGCACCCCCCAGUUUGACCUGAGUGGAGAAUAUUUUGUCUUCUAUUCCCAUGGCCUUGAUGCCCCCACGUGGACCUUCUGGUUUGAAAUACAGCCUCCCAGGGACCCAGACCCAUCAGGUCCAGAGGGCAUGAUCUCAGUAGCCAUUUCUUCCCAUUAUUUCUUUGGGGAGGACAAGAGGACUGCUCAGCUGGAGGAUAUCCUCCGUAGGUUUCCCACAUGGGCUUUUCCUUCUUCCUGGGUUAGUACCUACGACAUGUACCGAUACUGAGGAAGCCACAAAUCACAGAGGCUGAUGCUGAGGAGAGCUACUGGCUGCAAGGGCCCGAAACAGAGAAAAGAGAUUUUAAAGAACAAUACUGAGGAUUGGCAGUUGGGCCUGCUGCCUUUUCACUCUGACACAAACACACACACACACACACACACACACAUGCACACACAAAAACACACACACACACACACACACACACACAUGCACACACUCAGCUCCCUCCCAGCCUGCCUGAGAGACCCUCAUCACUGUGUCAGUAGGCUUUAGUAGCUAACCAAGCAGGUAGACACGCUGAGACAUGCCAGACGUAAGCUUACCUACAGUACGUAGAACUUACAGACUGACUAACUCACUGACCAUUGCACUGGCUACCACAAGCCCCGUGGUCACUCCUGGGUUGGUGAAACAAGGGGGUUAAUUUUUUUUGUUUGUUUGUUUUUGUUUUGUUUUUUUUACUCUCCCUCGUUCUGUUGUGCUCUUGCCUUUCUCACUCCCUUCCCCGCUGUCUCCCUUCCUCUCUCCCCUGGCCUCUCUUCCUCUCCCAUGCUAACUUUGUUCUUGAUUUGCUUUUUAUGAAUGACAUUGCAUGUCUACCUCCCUUGCUCUCUCUUUAUCAGCAACCACUUGGGCAGGAGCCAUUCUCAGAAUAGCUGUGUCAUUAGCUUCUGCUGCAAAACGAGAUAACACCACUACCACUGUCAGCACCGUAGAUUUAGUGGUAUACUGAUGGGAUCUGCGUUGGUUUGUCGGAGUUAAAGCUCCUGUGAGUUGUUAUAUCUCACAGAGGGAGCUGAGCUGUUUUCGUUUGACACCUCUCCCAAGCUUAACGGGAAACUUUGACACUUUGAAUUUUAGCACUUGUCACUAAUGCUCACUAACGCUCUUAUAGGGUAACAGUUGGAUGCAGAAAACUGUUUUGCUGUAAGUGACAAAUACCUGAUUAACCAAACAACAGGCUAAAAUCAAAAUGUCAACAUAUCCUUUUAAAGGAACAGCCAUUCUCAAAAUAUUACGAUUUUGCACAGAUCAGUAUAUUGAGAUCUUUUCUAAGGUCUUUAAACGUCUGACAGAUGCAAAUAUCUUUUCUCUUCAGGUAAAAAUGCAUAGAGACCUGGAAUUAAAAUCAAUUAUUUUGGGUUGGAAUGGUCUUUUAAAGCUUGCAGAGGCCAGGAGUCACAGAGUAACGUGCACAGUUGCAAGCAUGUUACUCUAGACGUUUCCAUGAAGACAAGAGACAGAGGUUGGGCGGGAAUGUGUCAGUGUAACUCUUGCACUCACCUAAACUGUGUCAGUUUCACUCAACCUGUUCUAUUUUAUGUGGAAAUGUUUGUCACUUACAUUUGCUGUCAUAGUAACAGUUACAGUAACAGUUUUACUUCUUUUCUUGUGUUCUUACCUGGGCUAUAAGUUUUCUCUAGCAGCAUCAAUGAAUAUCUUUUUUUUUUUUUUUAAAUUAAAAAAAAAAGAAAGAAAGAAAGAAAUAGUCACCAAAGUGUACAUCCUGGCCAUGAGGGGUGGAGAUAACCAAUCAGACAGUGAACUUUAUUAGCCUAAUGGUUAAUGGAAAAAUGGCAGGAAUAAAAUGUUAGCAGCAUAUAUACUUGUAAAUUCCAAUUUAAACCACAUCCAUUCAUGUUCACAAAACAAAUGUAUAUUUUGUUUUUGAUGAGGCACAAACACAUAGUUCUGCCCUGUAAAAGAAUGGACAUUGCCUUGAUGGUUUUGGCAUAUUGGGCACAUUUGUCGGUCUCUGCUGAAGACAGACUGCAAAAUCACAAGAAUGAAAGUCUUAAAGCUGCACUAAGUAUUUUUCUGACCACUAAAGGCUGGUUAGACUCAGGCUCUGUAAACAAACAGUCAGUCCUAUGUCCGGGUUCACGGCAGAUCGGUUGUGCAAAAUCAAAAGUGAAGGUGAAAAAAUAUGGGGUGUUUUUGUUGGAUGGAAAUGAGGGGUGCAUUUCACUUGCUCAAGGCUCAAGGAUUAUUUGGGUUAUUUUGUCUCCGCCCUCCAGUUUGAAAGUGACGGUGAAGCUGCAGACUUUCAUCUACAAGUGAAGCUGCUUUGAAUGAACCUUUUCUGUGGCCACCGUGCUGAGGUGCUUGCACGACCGAUCUGAAAUUGGAUCCGUUUAUAUGCAAAAUGUGCAGUUUCAGAGAUGCUUUGAAUGACGUUGAAAAGGCGAGGGGGUGGAGUGGCAGUGGAGGGUGGUUUUAUACUGUAGGGGGAGGAGUGGGCGGAGCUACUUUCUGGGUCAGAAUCUGACAACAAAGACAGAAACGAGGCGGAAAAACAGCAAAAUGGCUGGGCCUAGUGACUUGAUAUUGGUUUAUAUAAGAUUAUAUAAAUAUUACAUAAUAUACAAAAUUCUCUGUAAAGCACAGGUUAGUCUCAGGAUUAGGUUCUGAAAUCACCUAGUGCAGGUUCAUAGGACCUUGCCAGUGAUUUUUUUUUUUUUUUUUUUUUUUUUUUUUUUUAAGCCUAAUAGCUACAAAAUCUAUGUACUUCAGGUUUCUGCUAAUCUUUUCCAGUAUAAUUUCCCCUUCCUUUUAUUCAGCUGUUGGUUUCCCUUCAUUCCAUUACAAUAUGAAACUGAACUUUCAGAGACAUUAUCAGAAACAUUAUCAGUUCUGUGGUUUAUGCAUGGUGGCCAAAAAUUCAAUGACAAAACCGAUGGAUGGUUUGUGGCGAAGUAAAAUAUGGGUGAACUGUAGUAAAGGGGUCAAACAUUCGAAAUCACUGGCAUGGUCCUUUUUUAAAAAGUAAUGCCAUAAGUUAGACGCACCCUGCAAGUGCCUAGAAUGGCCUGUGUGUGUCUGUGUCUCUUUUUAAUUUUUAAAAGCUGGGUUGGAACUGUGGAUUGUCUUUUCUCACUUACGUUGUCCAAGAAUGUAAAAUGAUUCUCUGGUGUUGUUGGAUACAGCUUAUAGCCUGUUGCAUCAUCAUGUAUCGUGUGUGUUACUGUGAAAACCCAGCUCUGUUCACAUCUGAUGUAUUUUCUGGCAUUUCACUCUUGUUCUGUUCUAAGGCCAUACGUUUGAGUCACAAGCCAGUUUGAAAUGACCUGUCUUAUAUUGAUCCAUUGGAGCUGGCGUGAGCCACACACCAUGUUGUUCUCACUGUCACCACCUCCAGCUGACACAGUGCUAACAACAGUUUCUGGGGUUCAGCCACACACUACAGCUGAUGGUCAUUUCUGGUGGCUUAAUGCAUAUGUUCACACAUAUAUCUGGAAAGAAACAGUUCGUUUGAGGUAGUCAUUUCCAGAAAUAACUAGAUUUUUCAAUUUAGACCUGUGUCUCCAUGCAUGCCACCUCACUGGCAUUUUGAUGUGGCAUUGUUCAUUUAAAGUCGGUGGCCGGCCUUUCAUGUAGUUUAAUGUGGGAAUGGAUUUUUGGAGGGCUUCUACUGUUAAACCCAUGAUGGGCUGUGAAGAGCCACCAUCCUGUUUGUCUGCAGGCUAGCUCUCUGUUCUGCCAGCGUAGAUUUUUUUGAGUAGCUGCUGUAUUUGCUGCAGGAGAAUAAAUUUAACAGGUCUGCUAGCUGCUUGCAAACACAUAGUGAUAAAUGGAACAGCUGUAGCAUGAAAACAACCAGGAAGACCUUCCUGUUCUCUUGCCUUUGCUCUCAGAUGUGGGCGGCCACGAAACCCAUGUGUGUGUCACAUUGUUGCGUGUUGGUCAUCGCAGCACAUUGACUACUGUCACAAAAUCACAUGAUCAAAGAGGGAAUUGCGUCGCAAAAAUGCGAGUGGUUGAUGCUUGAUUGUCGUGGGAAGCAGUCGCACAUUUAGGAGAUCAACCCUUCCACCGUGUAGUGUGUCCUUGUGAUCAGUUUUGUCAAUUUGGCUUCAGCCACACAAAACAAGAAGCACUGAUCUGAAGGAGGCCUUAAAGUCUCGCUUCCUAAGACACAGAAAUGUUUACUAUUCCGGACACAGAUGUCUCAGUGGUCUUAAUGCUAUCAAGUGCCGCACUGUACAGCAUUUUUAUGUAAAUCCUUGUCUUUUGGAAGAUGUACACGUCAAAAAUUUGUCACCGCCUUCAACAGCACUCGCAAUUUGGAAAACGAUCAUCCCACUGUACUCUCUCUCUCUCUCUCGUAUGCAUGAUGUGUAACCCUGACGAGCAGAGCACAGGAAGUUACUGCUGUGCUUGAAGCGCCAGCUGAUCUCAGAGUGACCAGUUUGGCGCGACGUAGCCUUACAAGCCACGCGGUCCUGCGGGUUGGCCGCAGAGUGAGACACAUCUGGUCUCCGCUGAGUCCCUCACUAAAGUAUAAAAAAAAAAAAAAAAAAAAACACCCAGUGCACCGUGGCAGCUGCUGUUAUAGACAUUGCACCAAUUAUAAAACCUAAAGUCAAAUGAAACACACUGCAAUUGCCUGUUGAGGUUGUUUUAGCUGUAGCUCUUGUGUGAUUUCUAGCUCGGGCACAGAUUCUACCAUUUUUUCUUCCUUUUUUUUUUAAUGUAUUUAAUCAUCCAUCUUAUUCCUAUCUGCCACCUCUGUAACACCAUGGCUGUACCGAGCUAACAGUGCUGCUCCGUAGCUGUCAGUGUUUCCACUUGUGCUGCUGGCGUCUCUAACACGAGGACCUCCAGAUGUCAGCCGGAGCGAGUUUUCCUUUUCCCGUUUUCAUGCCUUACUCUGAACCUGCUUGCACCAAACCUGCCCAGGUGUGUCUUGCACUGUGAUCAACUAGCGCGACUGUCGAGCUCACGCCGAGAGCUGUGAGCCGGCUGCAUUUUUUUUUGUUGUUGUUGAAGUCCAUCAGUAGCUCAUGGAUAUUCAGUUACCGGGGUGGGGAACAGGGGAUGGACCGAUGUGAUGUGUCAAGUAGAAUGAUCAACUUUAUUUUUUUUUCUGGUUUGAUUUCACGGCUGAGUGAGCUCCACUGUUCAGCUGGUGUCCUCAGCGCAGCCGUCCUCCGGUGGCCCUCAUCUUUUUUCAAAGUCCACAUUUGGGAGGAAUCCAGUCUUUCCAUUUUUUAGACAGGAAAAAGAGAUCGGGGCGUUUUUUUUUUUUGGAAAAGCAUCACGGCACGAAGGUGAUGUUUGUAGACUGACUCGACAUCCAGCGAGGAUGACUUGAGCAUCAGGAUGCUUUUUUGGGAGAGUGAAGCCGGCGUGUGUGAGGGAAAGAAAGGGGCCCGGCUCUGCGCGGGUGCGUUUGGUUUGUGCUGUGUGGUGAGACAGAAAUCUACCAAAGGAGUCACCGCUGUAAAUGGCAAAAGAUGGAUCUAAAGCUUCUACUGAAAGGACUUAAAUUGAUAUUAUAGAGUGUCUAGUGAGCAAAAGCUUUAUUAACAAAUGUAAAUCAGUAAUAUUUUUCUAAAAAAAAAAAAAAAAAUCAACUGUAACGUGGCGUAGUGUUUGCUUUUCCAUGAAGGAAACACAGCAGACUAGUAGAGUGAACCUUUGACAAAAAUGUAUUCAACAUGAUAUCUGUUAAAUUACUCAUCUCAAGCUUCCCUAAUACUUAACAACCACCAAUUCUUCGUGUGUUUUUUUUUUUUUUUUUUUUUUUUUUUUGCAGUGAACACAUUGUAAACUGCACUGAAAAAAGUACCUGUCUGUCUUUGCUGUGCACCAAUCACUCAGAUUUACCACAGAGAUCACAACCUGUUCACGACCAGUCAGCAACAUUCCAGGAAUGCGGCGGAAAAAUGUUAUUAUUUUUUAAAUUUUGUCUUGUUUUAUUUAUUGUGUUAUUACGUGGGUUGACAGUCACUGAAUCAUAACAGAGUGUUUGGUUGUAAAAAGGACAAAGACAGAAAGGACCUGCUGUAAGAGAAAUGAAGCUGCUGUGGGACAGGACAGCCAUGCUUGGUGUUAAUGCUGUGAAAUAGCUCAUCUAACGCCGUUAGUGUGCUCCCACCGUUUAAAAAAAAAAAAAAAAAAAAAGCUUUUGUGUCAAGUAAUUUUACCGUGCUGCUAGAGAAUUCAACUCACAAGAAGAAGGAAAGCUCCCUUAAUCUAUACAUUUAAAGUUACUUUGGCACAGAAGCUGAUGUAUUAAAGUAACACUCCAGUGUUUUGAGCAAAAUCCCUUUUUUUCUCGACUGACCCAGACUGAGACAAGGUGUUUGAUACCAUUUUCACUGAACCACUGGACGUACAGAGCUGAAAAUGUAACAAGCAUCUUGUCUCAGUCUGGGUAAGUCGGAAAAAUUUCAGGAUUUUGCCCAAAACGUUGUAAUGUUCCUUUAAUGACAUACUGACCAAACGCUGCGCUGUUUGUUUUCAGUCCAACGCAGACUGAUACCUGCAAUUAGCUUUAUCCAUGGCUCUCCCAUUACAUUAAAAUGUUCAGUCAAGGAAUACCAUUAAAAAAAAAAACGAUUCACAACUAUUUGCAUAUCAGCUUGACGAGGAAACUGUUAAACUGAAUUAUAUUUUGGGAUAUACAUGAAAAUGUCUUAAUGCCUGUUGUUGAUCUGUUUAUUGUUUUUCUCGUGUCACCUGACCUGUCUUUGUUAGGAACAUCUUCAGUUUUCAGCCUUUUUCUGUAACUCUUCUGUUUCAUUGUUUGUCCUGGAAGUUAAAUUUACAUUUUUAUAAAGCAAGACAGAUCAUUCUAUCAUUCAAAAGUAUUUUUCUUUCCUGUUUGAUUUUGACACUUUACAAUAACUAUAAUUUAACAAUUAUAGACUUUUUUCCUUUGAACUGCUGAGUUCUGCUCUGUAUCACCUAUUUAUCUGUUAGUUGGAUUGAACUGCUUGAAAUGACUAUUGAGAUUGGGAUUAUUGGGAUUGAUUUGGUCAUCUGUUCUAACAGGGUAUCCAUCUCCUAUUGAAUGGACGGGAUGAUUUUACAUUAUGCAAAAAGCUUGAACUAAAUUAGCACUUGUACAGCAAUAAAAGUGCUUAUCACUGUAA